AUGAAAGCUCACAUUAAACAAUAUUCCAUUUUUUUAAUUGGAUCACGUGUUUUCUUUCAUCUGUCCUCUUGUUCUAUUUCAGGCUUGCAGAUUGAUCAGAAGACAGUGACCUCCUACCCUCAGGUGAUACUGGUCCGGGUCCCAACUCCUACCGUGCAAUCUGAUAGUGAUAUAACUGUUCUGCGACACCUUGAGAAACUGGGCUGUCGUCUAGUGAAUCGUCCUCAAGCCAUUCUAAAUUGCAUAAACAAAUUCUGGACGUUUCAGGAGUUAGCUGGCAAUGGAAUUCCGCUGCCUGAUACAUUUUCUUAUGGUGGCCAUGAUGAAUUUUCAAAAAUGAUAGAUGCUGCAGAGCCUCUUGGGUACCCUGUGGUUGUGAAGAAUACUCGAGGGCAUCAAGGUAAAGCUGUGUUUCUUGCUCGGGAUAAACAUCAUCUUCUAGACAUAUCUCAUCUGGUACGCCACGAUGCUCCAUAUCUGUUUCAGAAGUAUGUGAAGGAAUCACAUGGGAAAGAUGUACGUGUGGUCAUUAUUGGUGGGCAGGUGAUCGGGUCCAUGCUUCGAUGUUCUACAGAUGGCAGAAUGCAGAGCAACUGCUGCUUAGGAGGUGUGGGUGCCACCUUCCCUCUCAGUGAACAAGGAAAAGUAUUAGCUAUGCAAGUGUCCAGCAUCCUGGGUAUGGAUAUAUGUGGCAUCGACCUUCUCUUGAAUGACAACGGGUCCUUUGUGGUUUGCGAAGCUAAUGCAAAUGUCGGUUUCACAGAAUUCGACCAGGCCUGCCAUUUAGAUCUUGGCGGCAUUAUUGCAGAUUACGCAAUAUCUCUCCUCCCUUGCUUACCAUCCAAAGAGGCACCUGGGCUUACUGCAUCCAGCCCUCCAGAGAUUGCUGAGAUGCAACCAAGCAUGUCUACCAGCACGCUCAAUGGCAGCGAUGGAUCGAUCUGUAGCCACGGUGUCUGUGAUGUCAAGGAUAUCAGGGAUUCAAAUCAUGUGCCAAAGCCAUGCAAAUCUGCACUGACAGAUCACGUCUGCGAUGGUGUCACAGAGUAA